AUGAGUGAAGAAAAUGAGGAAAAUGGUAGUCAGUACCAAAGGUUUUUACGAUGUUUAGAUGAUAGUCAGUUGAUUUCUCAUAUCAAUAGUUUGAGCCAACAGGAGCUGAAAAGCCACAGCAUAGUCUUAGAUGACAUACAGGAUGAGUCAACUCCCGUGGAAGCAGGAAAAGGUGUCUUGGAAGAUGUUAAUUCCAGUUUUAGGAGCAUGGUGUCGUUAAGUUCAGAUCCAUUUGAUGAUGGAUUGGAUGAUGUUUUGGCGAAUAUACAUUCGAGACGGACGAGUUUUACAGGUAAAUUACUUGAGAUCAGUCAUGCUAGUAGUGGUGGAUACAAGAACCAGGGACUGGGCGAAGAUAGGCCAGCGGAACGGAAUUUUGCGGUGCCAGAGGUACUUUCAGCCGAAAGCGAAGAGGGACAAUCGGAGGUUGAUCGUGUGGCCGAUUACGUGGAAGAUAGCUCUGAAGGAGGAAGUGAAAACGAGAGUAAAAUGUUGCCGAAACACGAAUUUGGGGAUUACGCUACUUAUUUCCAUAACAAGCAUGUAAAACAGCAAAAGGCGGAUAAAGAAUAUAUCAGAUGGGACCUUGAAAGGAGAAAAUAUCAAAAUCAAGAUGAAAAUAUGGAGAUACGUAAGCCUAUAUUCGAAGGUUGUGUAAUUCAUGUUAAUGGCCAUACUGUUCCUUCAAUUAAUGAAAUCCACCGUCUAGUAAUUCUUCACGGAGGAAAGUUUCUAGGCUAUUUAUCAAGCAAAGGUUCUGCUACUCAUAUUGUGUGUGAUAGACUAACGCCCAGAAAAAGAAUUGAAUUCAAGAACUAUAGAGUGGUGCGUGCCAAAUGGAUCAUCGAUUGCAUUGAGCAGAAUGAUUUGCUAGAUUGGACUAACUACCGAUUAAUGCAAGAUGUGUCGUACGGCCAAAAACGAUUAAAUUUUGCAACGGAGGAAGAUAUAGAAGAUCAUCAAAGUAAAGGAGGAAUGGGAGAAGAAACAGAAGGAUCAGAAGUGCAAUAUGAAGAUAAAGAAAAAGAGGAAAAAGAAGAAAAAGAAGAAGAGUCGCAUAAUGAGAGUAUACUUGACAAAAUUCUAUCGGAGCAACCUGAAGAUGACAUGGAGGAGAAUGAACUCCCAGAGUUAGAAAAAGAACUCUCAAUUAAAGAAGCACCAGACAAAGUUGUUUCUAGAAUUCAGAAAAUUGCGAUGGAUGCAAAGCAUCCAGAUUUCCUCAAGCACUUUUUUGCAAAUUCAAGACUUCAUCAUUUAAGCACCUGGAAGGCAGAUCUCAGAUUGAAGUUCUUAAGAAAGGUUGUACUCGAGAAGAAGCAAAAUGAAGGUAAUCGGGGCCAUAUACCAGAAAAUUCCGAGAAAAUGGCUAUUCUACAUGUAGAUUUUGAUUGCUUCUUUGCAACAGCUUCAUGUUUGAACCAUCCUAAUUUAGAUAUAAACAAGGAUCCAAUUGCUGUCACUCACGGUGGACGUACAUCUGAUAUUGCCAGUUGUAAUUAUGUAGCAAGAAAAUUUGGAGUUCGCAACGGCAUGUGGUCUGGUAAAGCGAAACAAUUAUGUCCUGAAUUAAUUCAAUUAGAUUAUGAUUUUGAUGCAUAUGAGAGAUGUUCGGCUAAAUUUUAUGAUUAUUUGAUUUCUCGUGGAAUAUUUGACCAUAUAUUCCCAGUGCUGAUUGACGAGGUAUUGCUAGAUGCAACUUCCUUUUGCUUGGAAAGUGGGAGGUUACGCGAGGAUAUUAUCAACGAGCUUUCACAAACAAUAAGGAAAGGUAUUUUCAGCCUUACAAAUUGCUCUGUUAGCGUCGGGGCGUCCCAUAAUGUUUUACUAGCCAAACUAGCCUUGAAAAAGGCAAAACCUAACGGACAAUUUUAUCUUCACGAAAAGGUUGAUGAAUUUUUAGAUAAUAUUCCAGUUAGAGAUCUACCAGGUAUUGGGAACAGUAUUAAAUACAAAUUAAUAGAAGAAAUCCAAGACAUGUCUAGCCAAGAACCACUAAUAAAGGACUUAAAACCAUUCACAGAAUUACAGUUGAUGAAUAUUUUUGGAAAGAAGACCGGUACAAAGCUAUACCAAUUUGCAAGAGGAAUCGAUAAUUCAAGUAUUAAACUAGAUUUAAAUAAUAGCGAGUCAGUCCUCGGACGAAAAUCAGUCUCCGUUGAUGUUAAUUUUGGUAUAAGAUUCGAUACCGUACCUCAAGUCGAAGCAUUCUUGAUGAACUUAUCUAAAGAAAUGUAUUCACGAUUGAUCUCAUUAGGAAUGUGUGGUUCGAGUAUUACAUUAAGAUUAGCCAAGAGGGCUCAUGAUGCACCUAUUGACCCCCCAAAAUAUUUAGGUAUGGGCUUAUGUGAUUUUGUUAGUAAAUCUUCCAAAUUGGGUGUUCCGACUAAUGACUGGGGUAUUAUGGGAUCUGAAAUAAAGGCUUUAUUUAGAAUGGUUAAUGUUCCUGUUAAAGAGCUACGUGGUAUCGCUAUCACCAUGAAUAAGCUCGAAGAUGUUGAGAAUUUAAAAAAAAUAAGGCAGAUGAGAUUACCUUUUAAUCAAGUAAAAAGGAAUAACUUCCAUGAAAAGGAUACGCCCGCCAAACCAUCUGCUGUGAAGAAGUAUCAUGAUCGGUUGGAAAACGAGAAUAUUGAUUGGGAAGUAUUUAAUGAAUUACCCGAGGAAAUAAAAAACGAGCUACAAUCUGAGCUUUCUCGGCGUGGUAUUUCGAAGAAGGAUGCUCAAUUUAUAGAACCAAGAAAAAGUCCAAAAAAGGAGGAAAUAUGUAUUGUGCCUGACCUCAAAAAGCCUAAAGCAUAUUUGCAACAAUUGAUACCUUCUCAAUUAAAGGGACCUCCCAAAUAUGUUCGAGUUAUAGAAUCGCCAACUAGAUCACCGUCAAAAUCACCCAGAAAGAGAAAGAAGGUUUCGACAUCACCAUCUCCUGUUAAAAAACAAACGUCAAAUGUUUACAACGAUUCCGGGUCAUAUGAUGAUUCAGUUUUGAACGAAUUACCGUCGUCUAUUAAAACAGCAGUUUUGAAGGACUUAGAGUAUAAAAACAAAAUUAAGAACUUUGAUUUAACUCCAAUGAGAGAGAAGAUGGAUAGGAAAUACAAGAAAAAGAAUAGUGUUGGUCAAUUCAAAAUUACUCAACAAUGGAUUUCGAUGCAACCAAAGUUGAUUAAUGCCCCACUAUUUUUAAACCAAGGGGGCUCAUUUUUUGAAAUUAGCAAAUCUAUAGAUGGAUGGGUUUUUAUGUCAUUAAAUCAGGGUGGUCCACAUUUAGAUGACGUACAGAUAUUUACAGAUUAUCUAAGAGAGCUACUAAAACAAGACAAUUUGAGUAGAUGCUUGAAUUUGGUCAAAUGCUUGCGUUGCAAUCUAGAAUAUCAAAAUUCUAUACAAAAAGUAAAGCGAAGCAGCCAGAAGGACGAUCUGCUUGUAAAAUUGGCAAUCAAUGACUGGAAUACUGUAAUAACUAAAUACAUUGUUCCAGUAAUAAAUGAGUACUGUACUCAUAAUUAUAUAGAUACGAUUAUUUAA